UCGGUCUGCUGACGUUCCAUUCAAAGAUGGCGUUGACGAGUGCGCCAUGUUUCUCGUGAUGUCCGAGCGUUAGAUAGACUUUUUCAGACGCGUGAUCCGUAUGAGCAAAAUGGCUGAUGAUGACCCGUGGUUACUGAAGGAAGACGGCUGCCUGAACGUGGACACCGAGUGCAAGAGCAUCAUCUAUCACGCCAGUCUAAACGUUCUGCUCAUCAUCACUGGCAGCGCACAAGUAUACGUGUUCGAUGUCAACUCCGGCGUGAUCCUGCAGAGGAGUUCCCUGUCGGGUAAAGCAAAUGGGAAAUUGCAAGGAAUAUAUUUAGCAGAUGGUAUAGACAAAGUACUCUAUACUGAUGGGCGAGGGAUUGGUAUACGUAGUGAUUACAAUGGAGUCUUGCUAUUGGAUACAAUUUUGCAAACUCCAGUUUCUAAAAGUGAAGAUAUUGUAAAGUUGGAGCUACUGUUGUCAGAGGCAAUAAUAUUACUUCAAUGCCUACAAUGUGUAGAAUUGCCAAGUGUAGAACAUGUGCUGGAAGUGUUGCAAGAACUUUCAAGUAAAAUCGCGGCGGCACAAACAAAUCAGAAAAAAGGCAUUAAAGCUCAGAAAUGGAAUACAAUAUGCUUGGAGUUACCACAUGGAUCUUUGAAGCUCGUCUGUUCCGGCUUAGUGAUGGAAUUAAAGAGGCAAAAUCGGCAUAUAGCGGCGCUGCCCAUUGCCUCCGCAAUCAAUGAACGAUUAAAUGGCCUAUUGCCCAGUCUUGCGUUAGAAGGUGGUCCCACCGAUAGGGCGUUAAUGUUUAGUGAAGCAGCACGUCGUAAUACUUUUCCAAAAUGGCCACAUAUGAAUUACAAAUGGGCUUUACCCGAUCAAAUGGCACAGGCUGGUUUCUAUCACGAGCCGAAUGCCACAGGUGACGAUAGGGCCAUGUGUUUUACCUGUAAUGUAUGCUUGGUAUGUUGGGAGCCUACGGAUGAGCCGUGGUCAGAACAUGAGAGGCAUUCACCGGCAUGUCCAUUCGUUAAGGGUGAAUAUACACAGAAUGUUCCGUUAUCUGUUACUCUCGCAACAGCUCCCGCUCGCGAAGUAGGCGAUACAGUUGAUGUUAUAGGCACUACUAAUGUCACGGGCCUCGCGGCUACAGCCUCUUCUAAUGGUUUUGUAAAUAUUUGGAAUAUAACAAAUCAGUUGAAGAGAGAAGUAUCAUGUUAUAUAUCAUCCUUAGAUCAAGAAAUAAACAACAAAGAAACGAUCCAGUUUUGUGCUGCGAGAAAUUUGUCUUCAUAUUUAACAAAUUUAGGCUCGGAUUCGGAUCCACUUUCGGAAUAUAAGCCCUCGUCGUUUUACAAAGUACAAGUUACAGCACUGUCGGUGGUAGGAUCACCAGUAACCCUGAAGGAGGAAGUAAAAGGCACCAACUCCACAACUUCAUCGUCCAUAAACAUCGAGACAGUAGAGCAUAAAAUUCGACCGUGUUUAGUGUGCGGGGUUACAAUGACAGCUAACAAUCCCUCGCAAUUGAGAACUUUAGAAAAUGUAUGGGCCGCGUCGAGCGAUUUAGCAAGCUCAUCGUCGUUGGUUCGUGCAAUGAACAGUGUAAAUAGUGCCGCCAGUGAUACUCUAGACAUAAUGAAGGUAGCAGGUGAUAGGUACAUAUCGUCGAGGUUGCAUUACUUAGUAUUGUAUGACUUUCAUCAUAAAGCUGCGACAGCGCAACCCAUCAAGGAAGAUAAUUCUAAAGACUCGAAGACUAAGAAAACCUUAUCUGGGACAGGGACUAGUGCGAGUUCAAACGGCGGACGUCAAGAGAGUUUGUAUCAAGAGCUCUUUCUCAGCAAAAUUUUUUAUGAAGUGCCAGUUAUUGAAGAUGUAGAUUCGGACAUGGUAGUCGGUCCGCAUUACGACGGUAUCUUCCCGACUAGUACCCUUACCGCCUCGUCCUCCAAUGGCAUUUAUUCAAGUCCAAUCAGUAUUCCUUUUUAUCCGGCUCCGACAACAUCAACUCCUUACGAUUCCAAUCUUGCUCCUAUCAACGGUUCGACUCACUUCGCUUCGACAUCUGAUUUGACAACGAUAAAUAAAAAGAGCUUAGAUCUUGUAAAAAUUACCAAGGAGGAACCGGUGGUCGUCAAGACGCUAGCGAUAAAUGCUCCGGAUUCUCUUUGUAUUACGUAUAUAACUCCGUCCAAGGACGGAAGAUAUCUGUAUGUCGCGAUGUGUCCUGCGGCGGAUAAUACUUCCGCCGAAUCCUCGUCGAAUACCAAUCAGAUGGACGUUGACGACGAGAGUGAUUUCUUUCCCCAGAAAAGUUACAUGUAUUGGGACCAUAACGAUAGUCAGUCCAGCAAAUUAAUAAAUGGCGAAAUUCAUAAUAACGAGAACAAUACGAAUGCCAUAUUGCUCGUGUACGCUUUGGAUUUUACUGGCUCAGUAGUAAAAGUGGCAUCGGAACCGUUGGUGAAGCGGGAAUUACCAUUAGAACAGGCGCCGAUAGAACACGUACUUCUUCCUCUUCACGAGAAACAAAAGUGUACGUCGUUUUCUACUAACUCUAAUACCAAUUCUGCUAGUAAUUCAGUCAUACAAGAACCUGCCGGACAAAUUGCCCUUGUAUGCAAGGAUGGUGUGGUUAGAUUAUUAAACUUAAGUACACUGAAGACUGUAACAGAAGCAAGAUUAGAUGGAAAGAAAUUCAUCUCCGCGACUUAUUGCAACAGUUUGGAAAGGCUGUGUGUGUGCACAAGUGAUGGCACAUUGCAUUUCUUCAUUACAGCAGAGGAAGAGGAUUCCGCGGAGGAGAAAGAAGAUAUUGAUGAUGUGAAUAUGGGUAGUGAGGGAAAUUGUACUUGUGAAAAUAUAGCUCCUAGCACAUCAACGUCAUCGAUUUGCUACGAUGAACUAUUAGCGCAUAAAUCGAAUUUCUCUUACUGGGACUUAGGGCUAUUAUAUGAGCUUACACGAUUUAGUCGACAUUCCCCCGCGUACAGCGCGACUGUUCCUCCGUGUUGGAGUGAAAUGAUGCAAGCUCAGAGACAAAGACGUCAUCCGCAACAUCUGCAUCAAUCGGAAGAUCAGCAUCAUACAAGAACAUGGCGGUUGCAAAAUGAUGCGACUACUUGGGAUGAACAUGUAUUCGAACUUACUUUACCUCGAAGCGCAGCAGGAAGUAUAGGGCAUGUUGAUGUCCGAUUUACCUUGCAUGCGUUCUGUCAAGAGUUACCGACUAUUCAAGUUACUUUGUUGAAGCAAAAUAUAAAGAGGAUAGGCCAUCAAAAAAUACCGACCACUCCUGUAGAUGAAAGAAUUGAAUUUAAUAUAGGAACCGAUCAGAAAAAUGAGAAUCCGGUUAUUACAGAAGAAUAUCAACGUCAGCACAACACCGAGAUUCUCUGUGGUCCUAUUGACUUGCAUCGUUGCGUAGACUUAUCCUGUCGCUCGGGAUGUGUAACGUUGACAAGCCCAAAAUUGUUUCGCUCGAAAGCUAGAACAUUACUUGUUCAUAUUAAAGCUUUAGUAGAUCAAAAGGAUGGAACAUCUACAAAGUCGAAAGCAAAUUUAGCUGAAAGUAAACCACCUACGUGCAAAAAGUUAAAGAUAUUUGAAGUACGACCACUUGUACCCCCAAAUGCUGGGGAACGAUUAGAAGAAGGUGCGAAUAGUAAGAAGUUAGGCUGCUACAUUGGUUGCAACUGGAUUCACGAGAUUUCCAUCACAGUGCGAUCAGUAAAUCCUACCAGCAUGCCUGACGAAAGAAUGCAAAGGUGUGCUAUGUUAGAAUCCAAAACCUUUGUUGAUAAUCUUCUGAAUGUCGCAUGUUUACAAGUACCUGUCGACUCUCCUGUCGUACAAUCUAUAGCUCUUGACAUUCUAAUAUGGGUAGCUUCAAUAAGACUAACAAGAUUGCGUAGCAUUCAGAAUAGCGCGGAGAUCAAAGCUCUUCAAUUAGAGACGAUACGCUCCGUACAAGGGCGAUUAUCUAGCUUGUUACGAACCUGUCUGUUGCAUGCUGGCAGGAGUAUAGCACACAAAUGUGUUAAAUUAAUUGUCCUUUGUAGCGGAGGAUUUUAUAAUAUAGAGGAUUCACCGGCACAAACUUUUGACGAGGCCAUGCUCUCUGUAUUGGUCAAUUUGUUGCCGUCGAUAGUAGAAGUUCACUGGGCUGGUUCAUUGAGAUGGCUCCAAUUACUCAUUACCAGAUUUUUGCCAUUAGAUAGAAAUUACAGUAUUGCCCAUAAAUGUAUCUCCCUAGUGCAACAGAUAGCAACUGAAAUAUCUAAUAGAGUGAAUCCUUACCAUUUAUUGCUCGCGACAAGAUUUGGUCUCUAUAACACACCUUUUGAAACGGAACUUUUCGACUUAGAGCCACCAAUGUUACCAAAGUUUAGUUCUAUACCUGUGACAUAUGCGUCUGUCGUAACUACCGAGCAAACAGGUCCAUCUAUCGCUUCGUCGAACGCUGUACACUCAUCCAAGAUAUCGCAAGAUUCUAUUGAUUUGAGGGACCUACUCACACUGCCUACACAUCCCGCUAGUGAAUUUGUAAUAUCUAGCAAAUUAAAGGCAUUAUGCGCUAAUCAUAAUAUGAAGGGUCUUCUCGAGGUCGAACCUCUUCAUUUUACUUGUCAUGCUGCCUCCGAUGGUACGAAGAUGGAAAAGAUUGAUCCCGGCAUGAACACAAUUAAUAUUGGACCGACUUUGUACGACAGUACAACGACAAGCAACAACGGUGUACCCGACAUUAAAACGAUACAUCAUACAUAUAACUUGGAUGCUGGAUCGCUAGGACAACAUGUUCAAGCUAAAUCGACAGCUACGUUAAGCGAUCUGCUUAGUAUGUAUACAGGAAGAGUGUUAAAGAAGCCGUCUCCGCAACUAUUGCUCACUCCUGAUGAACAAUCAGAUUAUGACGAAGCUAACGAAAUGUCUGGCGAUAACCAGACUUGGCAUAGCACGCAAAAUAAUAUGCCUAGUUCACACAUAUUAAAUUCCAUUGUAAUAAAAGAAAAGUCAUGCGUACAAAAUAUCAAUACCACUGUAAACAAAGUUGAGGAAGGCAAUAAUCCUAAAAAGCGAGACGAUAUUACAUUUCCAUGGGGAAGAUUGCUGUGUUGGCCACCUCAACAAGCGUUGGUAGUCGAACGAAUGCAUUCGGGAGCUCGUCGAUUCGUUAUUUUAGACUUUGGGUCACCCAUAUUGCUUACUGAUCUGAUGAUACCUUCAUGCAACGAUCUAGUGUCACUGUCUAUAGAUAUCUGGACCAAGAGUGAAGAAAUUGAUGGCACACGACUUAUUGUUGCUGGGGAUAUUGGAAGUAAGCCAUUGAUUGUCUCCGAUCUUCAGCCACCACCUGUGUGUAGAUAUCUCAAGAUUACUACGAUAGGACGCUAUGGAAUGUCCACAACUACGUGUAAAAUACCAUUAGGAAUGUUUUACGGACAUAUGGUAGUUUUGCCUGGAGAAGAUUAUUCAGAAAUAAACGAUGCUUCAUCGUUUGAUGCUGACAUUUUUGAUUCUUCUUUACAAACUACCAUUGAUACGCAAUGUAAUAUAUUAUCGGCUUUAGCGGAAGAUGUACAAUGCAGAUUUAGUUUAGCUACUGAAAGAUUAAAAACUUUGUUGGAUCCAUUAUUGUGUUCGGAAACUCCUAAUGUUAUGCAUAUGCAAAAUUACUUGUGUUACAAUAAGAUUCCUAAUGAAAGUAAGGAACAGCCAUCGGCGAAGAUAAUGUCGACGUAUCAAGAAUGUAUUAUGUUUCAACAUCAAUUAAACAUUGUACGAAGUGUCUGGCGACGUCUCGAGUGGUGGAGAGGUUUGCGAAGUAUGCCAACAACAUCUUUAGCUAAUGCACCCAGUGAUAAAUUACGAGUUUUAGAAGAAACAUUACUUGAUAUUUUAUUGUAUACUGUGUACGAAAUUGGUCCUGUACCUAGUGUAUAUCGACCGACAUCGUUAUACGAAGUUUUUACUCCAACGAUUUGUGAAAAGUUUUUCCACUCGAUAUGUGUUGUAACUCCAGCUCCACGUUUGCAACUUCACGCUGCUGCGCUCUUAGCUGGCAUGGCAGGGCAUCAACCAUGGUGGGGAAAUUUCUUAUCCAAUACUUUAAUAAAUCUUUAUUCGUCGUCGUCGACUCAUAUUUUCCCUCAAGACAGGGUAUUUAUUUUGUUAACGUUUCUUGGGCGGAAAUCAUUACUAGCCGGGGGAAAUAAAUCUUCAGUUAUAGAAGCUAUGGUUCGUACAUUGGGUAAAUUAUUGAUUCCGCUUACGAACGCACAGCCAUCUAAUUCUACUCGACUGGACAUUAUCUUAAUAGGCUGGGUAUUAUUGUUUCUAUCAGUAUGCUUAGAUACUAUUACACCUCCGCCUUGUUUCGAAGACAAUCAUGAGAAAACUAAAGAACAAGGUUUAUUUUCCCGUUGGGAAUUUAUUCAAGGAGAAUCAGCUAUGCAAAGGAGAUAUGUUAAUGCUAAUCGGUCAUCAGCCUCUCGUAGUUACCGUAAAAGAUUACAGAAACGUUUGUUGCAUCAUAAACAACAACUUCAUGAAUUAGAACAAGCAAAAAAGUCUGCAGCGUCAAAAGGAUUGAUGACUCUUUCGUCUGAUGCUGCUACAUUGUACAAUAAAGUAGAAGCGACCCUGAAGGUUCAAGAACGUUAUUUCAAGAAGACGCUAAAACAACAUUCUGCCAAGCAUUACAAAGAUAUUCUUAAGAAAAAUGAGGCGCUGUUCCGUGGUCCGUGUUGCAGUCAAGCGCGAUCCAGCACUAGCAAAUCGGAUGUUAUGGAUUUGGAAGUCGAAUACAAUGUGACGAACUUAUCCCAUCAGAAUGUUUUACCAGUGGCACGUGGUCUCGUUGCGCUCAUUUUACAUAAUUCGGCUAAUGUGGAUAUGUUUUUAUUAGCUUGCAAGGUAGUCGCUAGGCUAGUAGUAUCUACACGACCUGCAAUAGGCUUGUGUGAGCUUAUGACCGAGGAACAACUCUUGAAAUUAAUCAGAUUGGCAACAGACACAUCUGAUGCUGCUUGGUCGUCACAUGCUGUUUCUUGUCUUCUCAUGGACUUAUUGGAAGGAGGACGAUUGUAUCCCAAAGCAUGUACUUCUACGCACGAAGGUAGUCCAUCGGAAGAGAUUUUGGAGUCUCUAGGAAAUCAUACAGAGGAAAGUCGUACAGUGGAAGAGGAUUCAGCCAAUGUUGCUAGUACGAGUGCACCUGCUACUGCAUUAAAUGAAGGAUUCGCCGAAGGAGACGCGGACGAGGACGCGCAAGAUAAUAUCGUGGUAACUUCAACUACCGCUGGCACGUCAAAGUCCAAUGGCUAUCUGCCAUCCCUUUUAGAAUCCGAUGACAGCGAAUUGGAAGACUUUUUGGACGAUAUAUUGGAACGUGGCAGGAAUAUGUUGAAGAAAGAUAGCACAGUAUCAAAAAUUUUAACUUCUGCCAUUACUGGGAGCAUUUCUUUAGCAAUGGAUGCACGCUUGGAAUAUGGAGUUGAAAUGGGUGUAGAAAUAUCACUGAGGAUAUUGUCUACAGUCGGCAUGUACAAUCUACCUCACAGUAUAAAUGCGACAAUACACGUGCCGACAGAAGCAAAUCGCUGUUGUCAACAAACGUUCCUACGUACCGAAACAAAUGAUAGAAGUCAAGAAACUGGAAACUUUUCUGAUCCUACCCCUUCUAAUCUUUCUAUGUUAACAAGAUGUUUUGAAAAGAUGUUUACAGACUUAUAUUUACGGAAUAACAGUACAAACUUGGAACUCGUUCUUCAACUUUGGUUUUCAUUGAAUAUGGAUGCUGCUACUGAACAUUCAAACUCGCAAUUUGAUCCUGCUUUAACACCUUUGAUUCCACUCAGUCCAACAGCUGUUUCGAGUUUAAUAUCUGCAUUAUUGUGGCAUACUGGUGUUUCUUUACGUGCUUGGUGUCUUGCAUUGCAAUGUUUAACUAUCGUCUGCAAUCAACCGUCACGAAGAUAUUCUGGUUUAGACGGCUUUACACCCAAUCCUUCUAUGGCUAAUUGUAUUGUUAAAGAACGCAACACAGGCCUCAUGUUGUUGCGCCUACUUUCCGGUAACGGAUUAAAUAUCAAUACGAUGGAUAAGCAAUAUAUUAUGGCUGGGCCUACAGUUUGCCAAGCAUUGCACGAUUUUCUCGUUAGAUUAGAAAUGAUGUGCGAUGUUAUUACAACAGAUAGCUGUUUAGGUAACUCUUUAAAAGAUCUUUUACUGCAAGUGGUGUAUCAACUUGUACAACCAAGCGGUCCUCUUAUCUCAAGAAAGGGACCUUUAGAUGCACAGUGCAAGCUAAUAACAUCUGUAGUUAAUUUGAAUUAUGUCAAUACCGACUUAGGCAUUGCUAUGAGCAUAUCCGAAUGUGUUGGUGUGUUGGUAUCAACAUACGUCAAAGGAUCUGAAGUUGGCGCACAAUGUGGAGGUGCGGUUGAUUCAGCAAACCAAUCUGGUAGUUUUGGUGGUCUAUUUGCAUGUGUGCUCGGUGGUGAUGCGAGACAAUGUCGCCCUGCAUCGUGGGAUACUUUAAUCGUGGCUCUGAUCAAAUUAGUGUGUACACUUAUCCAAACUCCUUUACCAAGUACUCGUCAAGAACAUUCGGAGGAAUCAGCGGAAAUGGAACUAUCUGAGACUUGGAGUUCUAGGAGCAAUACGAGUGAUUCUCAGAAUGCAAAUACUUGGCAAACCGAUGAGAGCAAAGCGGAACAACGAAAUUCUUUUUGCCUACAACAACCUAAGACCAGUAAAUCUUCUGUGCCUUGUCUCGCUGAUACUGUUUUACAGCACGAGCCAACUAUGAUGCGUUUACUAGGCGCUCUCGGUCAUAGCACAGGAUCCUCGUUAGCUAUGCUCUUAGGCGAAAGUGCAAGUGCAGCAUCGACUACCGAGCUCGGUGAUCCGGCUUCGAUACCGGAUGCAACGUUUCAACUCCUAACGACCCUUACGAAAAAAGCUAGCGAUCCAACCCUAGUUCUCAAACCUCUUUAUCACUAUCUUUCCUCAUCAUGCGGUGAAACUGAAUUAGGAGUUAUGCAAUUAUCUGAACCUCUUCUUUGGUACAUUCUGAGAGUGUUAGACAAUGCAUCGUCAUUAUCUAUUUUUACCGCAAUGGGUGGUGUAAAAGUACUCUGUGAGAAUCUUGUGAGGUCAAGUAACAGUGGUACCGCUGGUACUUCCAAUUCGUCGGGAGUGAUCGCUCUCGUUAUGGAACAUCUAUCGAAUGCGCCGAAUAUGAUGCAAAUGAUGGCGAGCAGCAGCAAGAAAGGCGUCAGUUCGCUAGAGACUCACGAUGAUGGUUUAUUGAAUUUCGCGCCUCUUGGUUCGAUAUCCUGGUUGAAUCCGACUGCGCAGCCGGCAGAUGUUCUUAUACAGAACGCUACUCCUCAUAAACGUGCAAGAACACCAGCGUGGUCGUAUCAUUUCUAUCCCGAUGAGGCAUGGGUUGAUCUUACCAUCACUUUACCGUGCGCAAUCUUGCUCAGGAAAGUGGAACUGCAACCGCACCUCACGGCGUUGUCCACAUGUCCAUCAGCUGUAGCACUUGAAGUUUCAAGAGAAAGUAAUGGUCCGCUAACGCCGGUUUGUCCGCCAAUGCCAACAGCGGGCUUAACAUACAUACGCGUUACCUUAUCACAGCCAGAAGUCGCGACUUCUGUAUUGGUGCGCCUAUAUAAACCACGAGAUUCGACAAACAUAAAUCUUAGCCAAAUAAGAUUAUUAGGUACUACCGCAUUCGGCGAAAUUAAAACGAAUCCGGACACGAUAGACGAAGAACAACUAACAAAGACUAGCUUGGGUUGGUUGCGAUUGCUGCAUCAGUGUUUAUCGGUGAGCACACUGAACAGUAGUCUGGCCGUCGAGGUGCUUAAUUCCGCGGCUUCAGUCGAAGGCCUGGUUGAGGCAUGCUGCAACCUCCUGUUACUCCCAGCACCGUCUCUCUUUACUCCUAACCUGGAGAGGGUUCUAUUACAACUUGGCUUACACUCUCGAGAGCUUGGACUUCGUCUCAUUGGUCUCUUACUCAACAACAGGUCCACCCCUUUCUUCCAAGGGACUGUGACUUCCCAGGAAACGUCCAUCGUACAAUUGGUUGUUGAAUUGCUUCAGCAGUUGUGUUCCAUUCGGGACUUUAGCACGGAAGCUCGCAUGAAAGCUGUUCUUACGUGGCUGCAAAUAUCGGCCGCGAAUGGAAUACCUCAGACGAAUAAUAAUUCAGUGAAUCCACCAGCGGUAUAUAUUCAUUGUGUAUCUUCUAUCAUAUGGAAGGCUCAUCAACAGCAGAAUCACAAUUAUGAUCUACAAAUCUUACUGACGGAUGAACUAUUCUACUCAUUAUACAAAUGGACUCUAACUCUUGGCAACAACUCAGCUUUGAAACAAGCGAUUGAUUCUGUCCUGUGCGCUUUCUGCUAUGUGAGACCAUCGUUGUUGAUUCUGCUUUUAGAAUGGGUACAAAUUUUGGUACCAAAUAUCGCGGUAAAUCCGUCAACAUCCAUAUCCGAUGAUUGUAAAAAAAGCGAGGAACAAACGGAUGAUAAGAAAAGCGAUAUUAACGCUGAAGGAUGGUAUUGCCAGUUUAUUUUGCUGAAGCAUAAAUGGUUGCAUUUGACGGAGGGACAAUUACUGACUGUCGCUGCAGCAGCGCGUUCGCCCCCUGGUACUCAGCAAUUGAUCGAUUCCGGUCUUCCGGCAUUAUUGACAGCAUCGAUCACAGAUUUCUGUAAUUUGGAAAAGUCCAAGCAACUGCAGCAAGAUAGUAAAAUGGCAUCAGGUGAUAGCAAUGAGAAUAAUGUCAUGGAAGAUGUCAAUUCGACGGAUAGCGACAAGGCAGCAGGUUCUAGUUCUGGUUCGAAUAAUUCUGAUGGAUUAUGUAUGACAAAACCAGAGAAUAUAGCAAUAGUGAUAGAAUUUUUGACACUUGUAUGCGCGGAAGGCAGAAUGCGUGAUUGGCUUGGUGAAGAAGGCCGUGGUUUCUGGUUACCUCUUUUAUCGCUUCUUAGUAAUCGUCCUAUUGAAAGCCCGUCUGCAUCUGCAGCGAGUUGUUCAAAGACAAGCGCAUCAUAUGCUUUACUGGAAAGCGCUAUGAUUAAAUUCUUAUCGAGAUGUUGUUGGUGUCAUCUUGCUAAUCAAAAAUUACUAGCGAAGCUUCUUAUCGAAGUUAUUUCUCAACAACGAACUACUUCCAAUGUACGAUAUCUCCACGGCAUUUCUGGAUUUACGCGAAGAUUAAUUUUGCAAUUACUCUUGGAAGGAGAGAAAGUGUUGGUUUCGGUAACAUCGGAAGCUCCUAUGAAAGUUUCAGCAACCGCGACCAAUCAUAGUAUGUCAUCUAUGCCGCCACAUCCUGCUCAUCCCCUCGGUCACUAUCAUCAAUUAUUAUAUAUGUCAACACAAUCAACGGUGGCAGAUAUAUUACAACAAGUAUCAGGAACAUGGCUUCUCUUGUUACUUCCAAAUAUAUAUAAGGGUAACGAAGCAAGUUCUAAUGGAAACAAUCGUUCUCGUGAAUUCUGGGAAUCGGGAAUGUCAUUGGUGGUGGACACACUUAGCGUAGCUGCUGGGAAUACGGCGAAAGACAAGCGGGCUAAAGAAGUAUCGAAUAGAUCGCAAGCUCGUGGCCCUAUUAUUAGAAAAGCGCGUUUAACUUCUGACGGAACGCCGGUAGCGAGCAAAACCUUGACUAAUAAUGCACAAGCAAACCCAGCCAACACGACAAAUCAACAGUACCUUAUACAUUCGUCUCGUCCAAAUACUCCUCUACCGCCUCAGCUUACAAUCGCGCAACUCUUGGCGAUCGCUGAGGAUAGCGGCGUUUCGUUAUCUGAACCGUGCUUACAUCUUAUCUUACGUCAACGUAAUAAGGAUUCCAAAGAAGACACGGCGAAGCAGACUGAUAGCGAACUGUUGAACUACAGAAGCAUAGAAAGUUCAUUAGGCGUCUUCAGCGCCGGUGGCGGAUUGGCGGUGUUGGCACGUCAUUUGCCUUUAGUAUAUCCGGAUCCCGGAAGACCGUCGUUCUUCGUCGAGAAAUCGCCAUCGCCAGAGCAGACUGAUGCCGAUUGGGUAAAACUAGAGACCAACGAUGAUAUUUACGACGCCUUGGAGGAGGGUAGAACAAAUUGUCCACCGAAGACAUCGGUUCCCGCUCCUUACGUGCCACCACAUUCUCUCGCGGCUUUCGGUUUGUUCCUGAGAUUACCGGGCUAUGCCGAAGUGUUGCUGAGAGACAAGAAACGAGCGCAGUGUCUGCUGCGGCUGGCUCUCGGAGUUUCUGACGACGGCGAAGGCGGCGAGGUGCUGACCUCGCCCUUGGCUGCUUCAUUGCCGACCCUGCCGUUCCAAGUUCUGAAGCAACUGUUGGACGCCACAUCACCGACUACCGAUGAUGGGUUGCUUUUACGAGGGACAACCAUCGAAGUAGGCGCUAUGUUGCUACUGUUAAACUGUCUGGCGAUAUUCACGCACCAAACUGGACAGAACGACAGUUCAACCGAACAUAAGACCGGUCAGAUUGGCAGUGUGAUUGGUGGUAAUACUAGUGGAGGACGCAGCGAUGACAAUUCUCAUCUAUAUUGGGCAAAGGGUACUGGUUUCGGAACUGGAUCUACGCAACAAUCAUGGAAUGUGGAACAGGCACUGUUACGCCAACGAUGCGAGGAUGAGCAUGUGACAGUUUUAUUACAGGUUCUCGCUAGUUAUAUUGGUACAUCGGGAGGCGGACAACCCCAACAGGAACUACCUGCUUCAUUUCCCGAUCUACUGGCACGUUCGUGCUUACUUCCUGCAUUAUCAUCGUAUCUACGAAACGAUUCUGUUCUUGAUAUGGCCAGACAUAUACCUCUGUAUCGCGCGGUCUUGCAGUUACUCCGUGCGAUGGCACUCUCCAGUCAAUUAGCGCCACUUUUAUUACCGCGCGGUGGUAGAUCCGGAGAACCGUCCGUGGUGUCCCUCUUGUCGAGCAUGAAAGUGUGCGUGGACACUUACGUGAACAAAAUAAAUCGCACGAGGGGCAACAAAACGAACAUGAAAGUGAUGUCCAAGUAUCCCGACGAUACAGAACAGGAUGAAGGAUUGGCCACAUUAAUUCCCGAUAUACAGGAAAGCGCAACUAUAGUGAAAAACGCGACGUGCCGAUUAUCCGUUAUUGGCGAAGAACUCGGAUCGAGUCCAACAGCGCCGGAAUUACCAUUGCGUUCAAACUUGGAGCACCGAUACUUGGAAGUAAUGAAGAAUCUACAAUUCGAUACUUACGAAAUGAUUACUGAGAAUCCAGACGGUGGAGGUUAUAAAUUUACUGUUUCGUAUCACUUCGAAUCGAAUAUGAGGGCUGCCGGCGAAAGAAGUCAUCCAACCCGAGUGAAAAGAUUAGCCCAAGAAGCCGUCACGCUCUCGACAGCGUUGCCUCUGUCUUACAGUAGUAGUGUGUUUGUAAGAUGCGACGCAGAUAGAUUGGAUAUUAUGAAGGUACUCAUAACGGGGCCAGCAGAAACGCCGUACGCAAACGGUUGUUUUGAGUUUGACGUGUACUUCCCUCCUGAUUAUCCUAACAGCCCGAUGUUAAUAAACUUAGAAACAACGGGUCGUCAUACGGUGCGCUUCAAUCCGAAUUUAUAUAAUGACGGGAAGGUCUGUCUCAGCGUACUGAACACUUGGCAUGGUCGACCUGAGGAGAAGUGGAAUGCGCACACAAGUAGUUUUCUUCAGGUUUUAGUAUCAAUACAGUCGCUAAUCUUAGUGUCAGAACCCUAUUUCAAUGAGCCUGGAUACGAACGAUCACGGGGUACGUCAAGCGGUGCUCAAUCUAGUCAAGAGUACAAUGCGAAUAUUUGUCAGGCUACUGCCAAAUGGGCAAUGCUCGAUCAAAUACGCAAUCCUUGUCCAUGCUUUAAGGAGGUAAUACAUACUCACUUUUGGAUAAAAAGGCAUGAGAUUGUUGAACAACUGGAAGGAUGGAUAAGAGAUAUGGAAAUGCAUGGCUCAGAUCGUAGGUCAGGUCGUACCAUUUCUCUCAACGCAUUGUCUCUUAGGAGGCAUUAUAGACUAUUGAGGGAGGAACUAAAUAAACUGCCAACGCCCAAAGGAUUAGAGGAUUUGGCCGAACCUCUUGCAUCGCCAGGCUCGCCCAUCGAACUUUCAGGGACCCCAGGUACAACACCGAAUACACCAUCGACGAUUACGGCAUCCGCGACCGCUACAGUGGCUACUCCCAUCACUACUAACACUAUGGUUCCGAUCAGCAAUAGCAGCACGAGUAGCCAUGUGCAUCACGACAUCGAUACAGAUGUCGAGAUGGAGAAGAUGGUUUCGAAAAUGUGUGAAUAGCUAAAGGAUGUUAAUAGACAUUGUUGGACAUUUUGAAAAGAGUCUAUUGUUUGUGUUACGAAAUGAACAAAUGGACGUUAAACAUGAACAGAUGACACAACGGACUGAAAACAAGUGCACAGAUAUCUUGUCCAGCGGCCGAAUCACCGAUGCUUAGCCAAGACGUUAGAGAAGAAAGCAGUAAUGACUUUCGGCCGUAUACAUAAUAACGCUGAUGAUAAUUAUUACAAUGAUGCUGAUGAUGAGAAGAUGUAGGUAGAAAAAUAUAAGGCGUGGUAGAGCGAGAAUAAGUAAGAAUUUUACGAUAGAAAGAAAAUGCGAGAGAGUGAUCGAGCGAGCGAGCGUGUGCAUGAUGACAAUGAUAAGCGAAUGUGCGUAAUGGUAAAUCGUGUGCAUGGGCGAGAUUAAACGAGAGAAUGAAAGGGAGAACGAGAAUGAGACAGAUAGAGGCAAGAGAAUAAGUAGCGCGAAUGUAACAAACUCGUGCGUAGUAGAUACUUUUUAUAGCCGCUGCUAUAGUACGUGUACGCUGCAUUCUACUACUUCGUACUACCAUAAGUACCACAACUGUUAUUCGAUAUUUAUUAUACAUGUUCCUCGUUUGUGUAGCAUAACUCUGAAUUAGCUGCACUCUCAUGUGAAUUUUCGACAUUACGUUUAUAUCCUCUCCUUGUCGCUCGUGUCUUCCAAGAAUGACGCGGUCGCACAUUAAUGCCCGUGUAUAAAUGUACGUUCUCUUUUUAACGAUAUUUUACUUUAUCAAUAAUUGUAGUGCUUGUUUUCUCUUUUAUAUAUAUACACAUAUAUAUAUAUAUAGCUCUAUGUACGAUUCUAUCUAUGUAUGAUUAAAUCGCUGACGCAUCGUUCUCUUCGUUUUAAAUGUAUUUCUAUAUUGGGGGGGAUACAGUAUAAUUAUAUUUUAUUAGUAGAUCUGCUUUAUUAAAUAUCUCUUCAUGCACGAGCCGAUCGCCGAGCGUUUAAACAGAUUUGUUAUUAAAGGCUACGGGCGGCAACGAAGAGACAAUAUAAGCACGAUAGAAAUCGACGAAAGUAAGACGUGAUACGUGCAACUAAUUACGAGUUAUUGAUGUAGCAGGUAUCCCUGCGCGCAAUGCGAUCGAAUCUAAAUGACUGUCAUCUGAACGAGACGACGAUCUAGAUACAUCGUUAGAUAACGUUUAAUAUAAUAGUACGUGUUCUAUGUCGAUUGAACGAACAACUAAAAAAAAAAAAUGAUAUCUUGGAGAAAAUGGAAAACCAGGUGGUACAUUUCUCGCGUAAACGAGAAUUGCUCUUUGUAAUUGUAACAGCUACUUAGUACACGUAAAUUUCAUAUGAAUCGACCAUAUGAACGAAUAAAGUCACAUUGUUUUGA